GAAUUCAAGAUGAGGUAUUACAAGAAAUUUUUGUAAGGACAGUGUGUAACUCAAAUUUACACACUGAAAGUUUCUUUUAAGAUGGGACAGCCACAACUUGAAGGAACUCUGAUGAAAGUCAGAUGCCAAAGCAGAUGCCAAGUAGCUCACAAGUCUGAACAUGCUUGUGAUUGACAGGUCUUUCUCCGUGUUACUGAUCUCACCUUUGUGAGCGCCUUAUGUCAUGGUAACGAUUCGUUCAGCUGAGGCAGUUGGACUCUGCUCCCUGUGGAGUCACCAGAGCUAUCAGAAGAGCUCGAUGCCCAGUUGUGAGUUUCUCCUUCAGUCCUGAUGCAAUUAAACUGCUUUUGGCUGCCUUACCUACAUGAGGAAGGUGAUCACAUUGUAGACCCUUUCUUUUGGCAUACCCAGGCACAUUAUUUGGAAAAUCUGAGAAUGCACUGACUGUGUUUUAUGUGAUUAUAAGAUUACAAGACAUGAAAUAAAGCAUUGGAAAUGACUCUACAAAAGAUACACUUACUGUUGCAAGGCUAGAGGUGUACAAAGCAGCUGAAAGUAGUUACAUGCUAGAACUGGUGCUGAUUCAGUUGCAUCCUUCAACAUGACCAAUCCUCAGCCUACAAUAGAAGGCGGUGUUUCAGAAGUUGAGAUAAUUUCACAACAAGUGGAUGAAGAGACAAAAAGCAUUGCUCCUGUACAGCUUGUUAAUUUUGCUUAUCGAGAUCUGCCUUUAGCUGCACUUGAUCUGUCUGUGGCUGGGUCCCAGCUUUUGUCAAAUUUGGAUGAAGAAUACCAAAGAGAAGGAUCUAACUGGCUAAAACCGUGCUGUGGGAGACGAGCAGCUGUGUGGCAGGUAUUUUUACUCAGUGCAAGUCUCAACAGUUUCCUGGUAGCCUGUGUAGUAUUGGUGGUGAUUCUUCUGACUCUGGAACUCCUAAUAGAUAUAAAGCUUCUCCAGUUUUCAAGUGCUUCACAGUUUGCAGGAGUAAUUCACUGGAUCAGCCUAGUCAUCCUGUCUGUUUUCUUUUCAGAGACUAUUUUGAGGAUUGUGGUCCUUGGCAUAUGGGAUUACAUUGAAAACAAAAUAGAGGUGUUUGAUGGUGCUGUCAUAAUCUUGUCCUUGGCACCAAUGGUGGCCUCAACAGUGGCUAAUGGCCCCAGCAGCCCAUGGGAUGCUAUCAGCCUUAUUAUCACACUACGAAUAUGGAGAGUGAAGAGGAUCAUUGAUGCAUAUGUCCUUCCAGUGAAAGUGGAGAUGGAGAUGAUGAUUCAGCAAUAUGAAAAGGCAAAGGUUAUUCAAGAUGAGCAGCUGGAAAGACUAACCCAGAUCUGCCAAGAACAAGGGUUUGAAAUCAGGCAGCUGAGGGCCCACCUUGCUCAGCAGGAUUUGGACCUGGCUGCAGAGAGAGAGGCUGCACUGCAGGUCCCACAUGUACUGAACAAACAGAGCAGCAACAGAUACAAGGUGGUAGCAACUGAAGAUUCAGAUGAUGACACCACUGACAACAUCACUGAGUUGCGACCUUCACGAGAGGAUGACAUGAACAAUUACAUCAGUCGAUACUACAAUGAGCCUAGCAGUGACAGCGGUGUCCCUGAGGCCAUCUGCGUGGUGACCACUGCUGCCAUUGACGUCCACCGCCCCAACAUCUCUUCUGACCUCUUUACUGUGGACAUGCCACUGCGCCUGGGCAGCACUGGGACAUCUGCCAGCAUCACCUCAGGCAGCGCCUCGCGCUCGACCGUCAGCUCAGGCACUCAGGCCUGCAGUGAGAGCAGCCAGACGCUGGGCUCCUCCCCAGACUGCAGCAUGGCCUGUGCUGACACUGUGGAGACCGGUGCUGGCCAGGCUGACCUUGCGCCCACCCAGCAGCGAGUGGCCCAUACCAUGGUACAGGAGCUACUGUCAUCCCUGUCAGAAGAAGCCUGUCUGGCACAGAAGGGGUUGGAUCCUGUCAAUCUGAAGCUGCCCAGCCCUAUGGGGGCCAGCCCAAACCUGGGCCAUCGUCUCAGCAUCUACAACCGCAGGAACCAGGAGAACCUUGAUGUCUUCCAGCUCAAGCCACUCAUUGACUGCCCCCAGGGUGGACCAAUGAUUGAUGAGAAGUAUGGGGCAGUGGGGCCCCCAGAGCCACGGCUGGGUCAGGUUCCUGAGGCAUAGGGACACCGUGGGGGGACACGCAUAUACUCACUGAGCUGGGUUAUGAGGUUGCCACAGGAACAAGUGGCAGUGCUGGAAGCAAUCCAUGGCAUCUCCUGCAGUGGCCACCAGCCAGGGACCAGCUAUCAUCACCUCUGUCUGCUAGUGGCCAUGACGCAUGACAGACCAGCCACUAGCUCCAGGACAGCUGGCACCCAGUGUCCUGUAGGGCAGAAUGGACUUUCCAGCAGUCUAAGGCCAACAUCGACCUACAGUGCCUGGGGGGGGACAGACACCUGCCACCAGUGUAGGGCCAGACCAACAGUGUCCCAGUGUGCCAUGGUCCUUCCAUCAGUCCAGGGUCAGCACAGACACACAGUGCCCAGGGGUGGGACAGAGCUGCUGGACAGUUUGGGCCCAGCUUGAUCCCACCCAGGGGCUCAGUGUGGCUGGGAGGGAAGCAAAGGUGAGAAUAAAAAGUGACAAACACAUCCUGCCUCC